AUGAGAAGUAACAACCAGAGUUUACUGGGGGAUUAUGUUGGAGAUUUCUUCCUUUUGGGGAUCUCUGACUGGCCAUGGCUAGAGCUACCCCUUUUUGUAAUUCUCCUAGUUUCCUAUGUCCUGGCAGUCCUAGGAAAUAUUGCCAUCAUAUUGGUAUCUCAGCUGGAUCCUCUGCUGAGCAGCCCUAUGUAUGUUUUCCUCAGUCACUUGUCCUUUCUGGAUCUUUGUUAUACCACUACCACUGUGCCUCAGAUGCUGUUUAACAUGGGUAGUUCAAGGAAGACUAUCAGUUAUAGUGGUUGCACAGUGCAGUAUGCCAUCUUCCAUUGGCUAGGCUGCACUGAAUGUAUAGUCCUGGCUGCCAUGGCCCUGGACCGAUAUGUGGCCAUUUGUAAACCACUCCGCUAUUCAAUCAUCAUGCACCACCCACUAUGUCAGCAGUUAGUGGCCACUGCCUGGUUCAGUGGAUUUGGAAAUUCUCUGGUUCAAGUUGUGUUAACAGUACAACUACCUUUCUGUGGGCAGCGGAUACUGAACAACUUCUUCUGUGAGGUGCCUGCUAUGAUUAAGUUGUCAUGUGCCAACACAACCAUCAAUGAUGCCACAUUGGCUGUAUUGGUAGCCUUCUUUGUGCUGGUGCCCCUGGUCCUCAUUUUUAUCUCCUAUGGCUUCAUUGCCCAGGCUGUGAUGAGAAUCAAGUCCUCCAAGGGGAGAAGUAAAGCUUUUGGGACCUGCUCUUCCCACUUGCUGGUGGUGUCCCUCUUCUAUUUGCCCGCUAUCUACAUGUAUCUUCAGCCCCCUUCUAGCUACUCUCAGGACCAAGGUAAAUUUAUCUCCCUUUUCUAUGCCAUCAUCACUCCUACCCUGAACCCCUUCAUUUACACCCUCAGAAACAAAGAUGUCAAGGGGGCACUGAAAAAACUUUGGAAAAGGACUUGGAAGCUCCUUCAGAGCUGA